CACUCCUCCUCGGAGCGAGCAACGCUGGAGAACGGCGAACACACAGCGGAGCAAAAAACAAGAGGCCGGAGGGCCUUUUCUCAUUGAGUCAGUCAGUCAGUCAGUCAGUUAGUUCGCCACAGCCAGCGAGGCGGGUUGCACGUCAAGCCAACCCAUCGUGUGUAAUAUCGUCAUACACACACAUACACACGUGCAUUCGCGUGCUUCCAAAAUAAAUCAAAAAAAAAAAAUCUUCACAUUUACGGCUAGUCGAAUUUUUCGCGCAAAACUACCGACCUCGAACUGGGAACAUCAUAUAUACAGACACAUUACCUACCUUACCGACCGAGCCCUUGUGGUUUUUUUUUUCUUUUUUCAAAAAGUUCCGCCGGUACGUCGCGCGCCUCGUUAACUAGAGAGCCAUCACCACCCCCACCAAAUCCCCCCUCCUUUUUUUACUUGCUUAACCGGCCAUUAAAUCUCGAAUUUCACGGCGCGAAUCGAAACGAGGGCCACGCAAAGGGUAACCGACACCUGCCGGCGGCCCGGGUGUAUAUUCGUAAUAUGCGGUGGGCUGCGACGGCCCUGGCCUCGGCGGCGAUCUUUUUGCUCCUCGCGGCCGAUUCAACCAGGGCGAGGCACCGUCGCACGGGAAACGAUCACAAGCCCUCCGGUGACAUCUCACUCUGGAUCGAUCGGCAACAAAUUAAAAUGUUCUCCGGUUUAGAAAUGGAAAUAUACGCAAUAACGGAAGGAAUAGUAUUAUCGUAUCUUCUGGAACCGGAAUUCGAGAGCAAAUUGCCAGUGAUACCGAAUGAGGUUAAUUAUGUUAAUUUUACGUGGAAAUCGGGAAUGAAGAAGUAUUUUUAUAAUUUUUUUAAAUUAACGUCCGACAAUGAAAUGAUACUAAAGACACCGUCAAUAACGAUAAAAACAACAGGCCGAGUGCCAAAAAAACCAAAAGAAUUCAGCGUAAUGUUACCUUGUUCCGGCAAUGCAUCGGGAAUAGCACAAUUUGGAAUUGGUCUGAUGAUAGAGACACGCAAGAGGAAAGCCCUGAACGGUACACCCCUUUGUCUCAGCCUGAGAAAAGAAUGCACCGUGCGCGGUGAGUGCGUCAGUCGCGCCCACGAUCACCACAUCUUCUCCACUCACACAUACAAACAAUAUCCGGGACCUUGUCCAGAUGGUUAUUUAGGUCCGCCACAUUGUAAAAAAGCUCUUUGUUACCCAAAUUGUAUGAAUGGGGGAAAUUGCACGGCACCGGGAGUUUGUUCCUGUCCCCCGGGAUUUCAGGGACCUUACUGCGAAGGAGGAAUUUGCUCCGAUAAAUGUCUAAACGGAGGGAAAUGCGUUCAGAAAGACAAUUGUGAAUGUCCCAAAGGAUAUUAUGGUCUUCAUUGUGAAUUUUCUAAAUGUGUAAUUCCAUGUUUAAAUGGAGGAAAAUGCAAAGGCAACAAUUUGUGUCGAUGUCCCGCGGGUUUUAAAGGUGAUCAUUGUGAAAUUGGAAGACGUUCACCUCAACGUUCCGCUUGCACGAGAGCAUGCAGAAACGGAACGUGCCAACCUGACAACACCUGCUUAUGUGAGCCAGGCUGGUUUGGUAAAUUAUGCAACAAGAAUAAACCUUGGGCCUGAAAAUAAAACAGACAAAAAAAAACGAUUUGAAUUAUGACAAUGGUUUCGACCGACUGGGCAGUUUCUGUAAAAAUUAUUACAGAAUCUUGUCUUUAGAAAAAAAAAAAAGAAAAUGAAACAGAGAUAAUGAAAUCAACUUAGAAGAAAAAUGGGACAAUCCCGUAUUUUUGAAUCAAAAAAAUUACUUUUUCAAUUUUGGCUGUUUAAUAAGAAUUCCCAAAGAUUUCGCAAAAAGUUAACAAAAUUAUUUUUAUGUCUAAUUUUUGUAUUUAAAAUUAUUAUUU